GACUCGCCGUCUCGGUAGCGGUCCGGCAGGAGGCCUCGGCCUGGCAUGGCUACUGCCGAGGCCCCGGGCCUGACGCCGCGGUCCGCCUGAGGCCUGCGGGGCCUCUCCGGGAUGCGGGCCCGCCGGACUGCGGAGCCUGGCCCUUACCAGGUUCCUUCUUAUCCAGAGGAGCCUGGAGGAGCCCAGGUGACCAGACGAUGGCAUCUACUCUCCUGUCAGCAAGGCCCCAGGCCCUAGGCUGUGCACAGCGACAGGAAGUACUCUCAGAGGAGCAAAGACAGAGAUGAAAGCUCUGGUUGCAGCACUUGUUGUCAGUGAUUGGGCCAUGGCCCGUACCUCAGUGUCGUGAAGACCUACUCUCCUUCCAUCUACAUCAUCUCCAACAAGCCUUCUCACUCCAGGUUCUUGUCUAUCCGCUUGCGAUGACUCCAGGAGAUCAGGUGAUAGUGAACAAGCUCCUACCAGCCAGGCCUCAGGUAUCUGUGAUGUUCGAGGAUGUGGCUAUCUACCUCACCCAGGAUGAAUGGGGCCAUCUAGGACCUGCUCAGAGGGGUCUCUACAAGGAUGUGAUGCUGGAGAAUUAUGAAAACCUCGUCUCAUUGGGAUUUCCAGGGUCCAAACCUGAAGUGAUCUCUCAGCUGGAACAAGGGGAGGAGCCAUGGAUCCUGGACAUGAAGAGAACUGAGAACAGAGAGAUCCUGGAAGAUGGUGAGACAAGAUCAAGAAACAAUGAACUUCCUCCAAAUCAAGGAAUUUAUGAAAAAGUAGAAUCCCAGUACAUGACCUUAGAAAUACUCAGAGGGGAUAUUCCUCAGUUCCUCAAGUUCAGAGAGGUAUAUAAAUAUGAGUGCAGGGUAGAGCAACACCAAAGAGAAACUGUUGAAGAGAGACAGAGAAAAUCCUAUUCUUUGGUGAAAAAUUUUAGACCAGUGACAAUAAUUCAGAAGGAAAACUCAUUGGAGCAGAGAACACAAGUAAAUACCAAAUUUGGGAGAAGCUUAAAUUUGUGCUCAAAUCCUAAUGUACAUCAGAGAGUUCCUGCAGAAGAAAUACCUUAUAAAUGUGAUACAUGUGGCCAAGGCUUCAAACACAAUUCAGGUCUAAUUAAACAUCGAAGAAUCCAUACAGGAAAGAGAUUUUGUAAAGCUAAUGUAUUUAGGAAAAUGUUCAGGCAGAAUUCAGUCCUUCCUGGAAAACAGAAAGCUUACAAUGAUGAGAAAUCUUCUGAAUAUAAUGAAUUCGAGAAAACCCUCAGUCAAAGAUCAGCAUUUACUAAACAUGAAAAACCAUUUGCUAGAAACAAACCGUAUGAAUGUAAUGAAUGUGGCAAAGCUUUUAGCCAGAGUGCACACCUUAUCCAACAUCAAAGAAUUCACACUGGAGAGAAACCUUAUGAAUGCAAUGAAUGUGAGAAAACUUUCAGUCAGAGAUCAACCCUCAUUAAGCAUGAGAGAACACAUAAUGGAGAGAAACCCUAUGAAUGUAAUGAAUGUGGGAAAAACUUUCGUCAGAACUCUCACCUUAUUUAUCAUCAAAGAAUUCACACUAGAGAGAAACCCUAUCAGUGUAAUGAAUGUGGGAAAGCCUUUAGUGCUUGUUCUUCCCUUAUUCAACAUCAUAGAGUCCAUACUGGAGAGAAACCCUAUGAAUGCAAUGACUGUGGGAAAACCUUUAGUCAAAGCUCUAACCUCAUUCAACAUCAGAAAACACAUAAAGGAGAGAAACGUCGAGAGAAAUGUUAUGAAUGUAUUAUAUGUGAGAAAGUUUUUAGCACACACUCAUCUUUUAUUCAGCAUCGAAAAAUUCAUACUGGAAAGAAACCGUAUGAGUGUGGCCAGUGUGGGAAAGCUUUCCGUCAAAGAACUCACCUUAUUACACAUCAGAGAGUUCAUACUGGAGAGAAACCCUAUAGCUGUAGUGAAUGUGGAAAAGCUUUCAGUCAGAGCUCUCAACUUAUUCAACAUCAGGUAAUUCAUACAAGAGAUAAACCUUAUGUGUGUAAUGAAUGUGGAAAAACCUUCAGUGCUCAUUCUUACCUUAUUAGACAUCAAAGAAUUCAUACUGGAGUGAAACCUUAUGAAUGUACUGAAUGUGGGAAAACUUUUAGCCAGAGAAUAACUCUUAUCGUUCAUGAGAGAAUUCACACCAGAGAGAAACCUUAUGAAUGUGACACAUGUGGGAAAUCCUUUAGUGCUCCAUCAUCUUUUAUUCAACAUUGCAGAAUUCACACUGGAGAUAAACCUUACGAAUGUAGUGAAUGUGGCAAAACCUUCCGACAAAGCUCUCAGCUUAUUACACACAAGAGAAUUCACACUGGAGAGAAACCUUAUGAGUGUAAUGAAUGUGGAAAAUCUUUCAGUGCAUGGUCAUAUCUUAUUCAGCAUCAGAGAAUUCAUACUAGAGGGAAAUCCCAUCAAUGUAAGGGGUGUGGCAAAGCCUUCAGUACACGUUCUUAUCUUAUUUUACAGUAUAAAAUUCAUACUGGAGAGAAGCGCUAUAUGUGUAAUGAAUGUGGUAAAGCCUUCAAUACAUGUUCAGAUCUGAUUCCACAUCAAAGAAUUCAUACUGGAGAGAAGCCUUAUAAAUGUAAUGGAUGUGGAAAAGCAUUCAGUCAGCACUCUAACCUUGCUAAGCACCAGAGAAUUCACACACGAGAGAAACCUUUUGGGUGUAAUGAGUGUGGGACAGCCUUUGACCAGCUGUCUAGCCUUAUUCAGCACCAGAGAAUUCAAACUGCAGAGAAAUCAUACGUGUGUAGUGAUUGUGGGAAAGCUUUCAGCCAGAGUACCAACUUGCUUAAACAUCAAAGAAUUCAUGCUGCAGAGAAAUUCUGCAACCAAGCAAUCACUUCAUGAUUUUGCUUUUUAAAUUCAGUCCUCAAGUUGGUGUGUUUGCUUUUCAAAUGGCUUCCCUUACAGUUUAUUUACAUUAGAUUGCCAACAUUUGGUUGUUGGGUGUCUUGUCAUGUUGAUGAAGGUCUCCUUGAGAUGAUUCAGAGGUCUCUCACCAACCUUCAUUCAUAUCUAGACACACAUGUAUGUAUGUGUAUCUAUCUAUCUAUAUAUAGUAUGCAUAUACACUCACAUAUAUAAACCUUUGCUACAACAGCAAAAUCACAUUUUAAAAUGUGAGCCUCUAGAGCAAACUUAAACACUAAAAUAUAAUUUGACAUCUUCAUUCUUUCUCAACUCUAAAUUACCAGGAAAGGCAAAAUUAUCAAUAAUAACCACUUAGUGAGUACAUACUAUGUACAAAACACUGAGCAGAAAUAAAAAGUAGAAUCUUUGCCAUUAAGCACCUACAUAGAGACGUGGCAUACACAUGAGAAAGUUGCAUAAGAAAGAUACAGAUUACUUCCCCUCUUAAGUGCUGAAACAGGAUAUUUAAAAUGACAACAGCCAUCAUGUAAUUGGAUCAAAAGCUUUGGACUCUACAUUUCACUGGGCAUCAGAGCUUUCUCAGGUAUAAGCUAUAAUGCUUUAGUCUUUCCUUCAUUUAGCAACUAGAGAAAGAACUGUAUUUUGCCAAUAGUUAGCACUAAAUAAACGUUUAACUGAA